UCUGGCGAGACAUUUGGUCUAGGUUUGGUCUAAAUCGCAUAAAGCCUAGCAAAGCCCUACUUGCGAAUCCUUUUCCGAAAUCCCACACCUAUGGCGAUCGGCGGCGGCGGGAGCUGGAGUAUCCACGGCCGCGCUGACGUCACAUCCCGUUACGAGGUCCUCGGCCACGCGGGCUCCGGCGCCUACGCUGACGUCUACCGCGGCCGCCGCCGAUCCGACGGUUCCGCUGUCGCGCUCAAGGAGGUCCACGACGCCGUCAGCGCUCGCCGCGAGGCCGAGGCUCUCCUAGCCAUUCCCCCUUCCCCCAACGUCGUCGCACUCCUCGACCACUUCCCCGGCGGCGACUGCGACGACGAUGUCCUCGUCCUCGAGUGGCUCCCGCUCGACCUCGCCGCCGUUGUGCGUGAUGCGAGGAGGCGCGCGGGCGGGGGCGAGGGACCGGGAGGCAUCCCCGCCUCGCAACUCAAACGGUGGAUGCUGCAGGUGCUUGAGGGCGUCGCCGCGUGCCACCGCGCCGGCGUCGUGCACCGCGACCUGAAGCCUGAGAAUCUGCUCAUCUCGGAAGACGGGGUGCUCAAAGUCGCCGAUUUUGGUCAGGCUAGGAUACUUCAGCAGACAACACCUACUUUUCAAGAAAUGCACCCACAUGAGCACAGUUCAGGCAUGGAAACAUGGAUUCCACAGCAACCAGCAGUGCUGCAAGGGACAGAAGAGGAACCAACAUCUUAUGAAUCAGAUGCUACUGCUGGUCAGGAGCCAGAGACCCUAACUGCAGCUGACUACCUUCAUGAACUGGACCUGCUCCGGGCAAAAUCCAGCGAUGUUGACAAAAUGAGCUUGCAGGAUGGAGAUGCAUCCUGUCUUGCCACUUGCAGUACAGGAGACAUUGAAGAUGAUCCAUUCCGAGCCUCCGACUCAUACAAUGUGGAAGGCAUAGGUGAAGAUUCUGGUGCCUUCACUUCUUGUGUUGGUACUAGGUGGUUCAGGGCUCCUGAGCUUUUAUAUGGGUCAACAAACUAUGGGCUAGAGAUUGAUCUCUGGUCGCUUGGAUGCAUUUUGGCAGAACUUCUGAAAUUAGAGCCUUUGUUUCCAGGGAUGGCGGAUAUUGAUCAGAUUAGUAGAAUCAUCAAUGUCCUGGGUGAUAUAACAGAAGAAACAUUUCCAGGCUGUUCAAACUUGCCAGAUUACAACAAGAUUUUCUUUAACAAAGUUGGGAAACCGGCAGGCCUUGAAGCAUGUCUUCCUAACAGAUCUCCUACUGAGGUUAGCAUCAUAAAGCAGCUAAUUUGCUAUGACACAACAAAGAGGGCCAGUGCUGCUGACCUGUUGAAUCAUCGGUACUUUAUGGAAGAGCCCUUGCCGGCACCUAUAGAAGGAUUACAAGUCCCGGCAUCAAAGGAUGACGAUGAUGACAGCUCAAUGGAAGAAUGGGGUAAUUACAGGGAUGGUGUCUCGGAUUCAGACUUUGAUGAGUUUGGUAGUAUGGAUGUCACCAAAACUGACAAUGGUUUCAGCAUACGCUUUUCGUGAUAAAGAAAGACAUAGGGAUCAUGCAUGGUCCAAUCUAAGACUAUAUCAUGGUAUGUAUCUACACUGGAGUUGAAAUUGCUGUCGACGUAGAUGAACUUCAGUAAGCGAUCAAAGAUUGGCAAUGUUGCGCUGGGUUUUACAUUUUAGUUUUUAUGGAACUUUGUGAUUCUUUGUACGACAGAACCAGUUUUCCUCCUGGCAAAAAUGGAACUGUGGUAAUCCAGUAUUAAAAAAAACUGUGGUAAUCUAAAGUUCUGAUAGAAAUUUUCAUUA